UCAGAUUUCUUUUUAGACAUAACACUGAUUCACGCCUCCCCGUUUCAGACGUGAAGGCGUGCAUACACGUGUGUGUGUGUGCGCGCGCGCGUGCGUGUGUGUAUAAUGGCUGCCAGAAACAGCCAAAAAAGGAAACACGUGAAUUUGGGAUAAACUUGACAAAGUAAUGCAGAUGGUGUUUGAAAACAGGGACAUGACAACAGAAAUAAAGCAGCUGGAUCGGACAACAGUGAUAGAAGAGGAUGGUGAGCAGUCAAGCCAAGUACGAGCUGAUUCAAGAGGUGGGCCGAGGCAGCUACGGUGUGGUGUACGAGGCCGUGGUGCAGCUGACAGGCGCGCGUGUUGCUGUGAAAAAAAUCCGCUGUCACUCACCUGAGAACGUGGAGCUAGCUCUUCGUGAGUUCUGGGCUCUCAGCAGCAUCCAAAGCCAGCAUCCUAACGUGAUCCACUUGAAGGAAUGUGUGCUUCAGAGAGGCGGACUGGCUCAGCGGAUGAACCACGGCUUUGGCCCCUCUUCUUACUUGGAGCUAGUGGAAACGUCUCUGAAAGGAGAGCUGGCGUUCGACGGGCGCUGUGCCCGCUACCUGUGGUUCGUGAUGGAUUUUUGUGACGGCGGCGACCUGAACGCUUACCUGCUCUCGCGCAAACCAAGCCGCCGCACCAAUGCCAGCUUCAUGCUGCAGCUGGGCAGUGCGCUGGCCUUCCUGCACCGCAAUCGCAUCAUCCACCGGGACCUAAAACCCGACAACAUCUUGAUCUCUCAAGGUCCGGCCGAGCCCACGCUUAAGGUGGCAGACUUUGGCCUUAGUAAGGUUUGCUCAGCAUCAGGCUUGGACCCAGACGAGCCGGCGAGUGUUGAACGCUGCUUCCUGUCUACAGCAUGUGGCACUGAUUUCUACAUGGCCCCCGAAGCUCGGGAAGGCUGCUACACGGCCAAGGCAGACAUCUUCGCGCUGGGCGUGAUCAUCUGGGCGAUGGUGGAGCGACUCACGUUCGUAGAAGCCGGCACACAGCGUGAGCUGCUGGGCAGCUAUGUGCGUCACGGCGAGGUCAUUGUUCCGCUGGGCGAGGCGCUGCUCGAGAACCCUAACAUGGAGCUGCUGAUUCCAGCACGGAUGAAAAGCAUGAGUGCCGGUAUGAAGCGGCUCAUCAGGGAGAUGUUGGCGGCUGACCCACGGCAGCGACCCGACGCCUUCGAGCUCGAGCUCAGACUGGUCCGUAUCGCUUCCAGGGAGCUGGACUGGGACACGUGAGGAGUGUCCAGAGAAAAUUGCGAAUCGCAGGAAUACCGUGGAUGAAGAUUUGCAGGCAAAGGAAGUACUUGUCACUUGUCAGGGCGUCACAGGGGCAGAAAAAAAACCCCUGAGAGCUGAUUUCUCAUCCAGGUUUGAUGCAUUGAAAGAAAUCAUGUCCUAAAGAAACAGAAACCCAGAGUAAGGGUCAACUGUUGAUUUAAGCCUUUGCUUCAUGAAUGACAUUCGGAGAUGGCCUAACCUCGGCCCAGCGAGUCACGUUUACAGCGUGAGUAGUGUACUUCUGAAGGAAUAAUGUUCCUAGCUCUUCCAUGUACUGUAUUCACCACGGUCCAGUUUUCGUUAUUCAUUAUACUCCAGCUGAGCUUCCCAAUGAGCGAGACCUGACUCCUACAUCGACCGAUGUGUUUGCCCUCUCCUCUCUACAAUGUACAAUUUUAUUUUCUUGUUCCAGAUUGUGAUUACGUCAGUCUGUUUAUUCAAGGGAUAGAAAAAAAAAAGAACGUAACAAAAAACAAAUUUGUUCAUUGAGAAUGUUGGCUGCUUUGCAUUGCACCAUUGCCAUUACUUGAAUUUGCAAACUUGAAAGUCAAUUUGAAGACAAAAACGCUGCUGUUUAGCCAGAUCGAACUGACAUUCCUAGCCAACAGCACUUAUCCCCGGCACCUUGAACAGCACAGCCUCCUCGUGUGUCCUGUCUGAACUGAAGUGUGUAUAUAUUUGUAAACGUGCAUCUUUGCCUUCAGGGUGACAUUCGGUUAACACCAGCACCCACACUUGUACACUGUGUGGGAUAUAUUUAUAUAAAGCCGCGAAUGCCACCACGAGCAGAACCUCUCGACACACCUCAGACUCUCGCUUUUCCCUCGCCGUAAUCCCCUCUUGUCAGGCCAACACUAAGCCUGUUAAAUUGCCAUCACCAAGAAAAAAGGCUUUGAAAAUGGAUUGAAAAUGCCAUUCAAGUCAGCAUCUUGUACCGAGACUAAAGAGUCCACGGACCUCGCCGUAGCAAGUGCCGUCUCCCUGCUGCAAAGUUACAACUUUUAAGUAUUAAUAUUUAAUACUUUUUUGGAGCAGAUAUUCAGGGUAGCCUUUUUAUUGGUGAACUUAUUUCAAACCAGUAAAGUCCUGAGUUCACAUCUUUUAAAACAUCCACUUCUUUACACCAGAAUGCGUAACUCCCAAUCCAGUGUUGUCGUACCAGUGGUUUUGGAUCACCAGAAUACCGCUGAAGCUCCUCGUUACGUUCACAGAACAAGUUUGUAGUGACACAAGUAUGAUUCUGUCUUAAUGUGGGGGGAAAAAAAACAACAUAUAUUUUCCCAGGUAUUCUUUAAUAUGUUUGUGCAUAUUAAUAAAUAUAUCAUUGUCAGCUUUUGGGGAAUCAAUUCUAACAAAACUCGGACAUAAUAGACAAAAACGGACGAUUCGUGUUUAUCAGCGUGAACGAUAAAAGAAGGAUUCAAUCUGAACAAAAAAAACAGAAUCGUUCAGAAACGUUUAUAUUGUGAACGUAGCCUGAUUUGCCUUUUUCAUUGACCAGACUUAUGCCUUAUUUUAGUAUCCUGUUGCCUCUGUAAGCACAUUAUUUAUUCUUUUAAGACAACAAUGGCCUUGACUCUCUGGUUUAAAACAACUAAUUCAUUAGUUGUUCAUUACACACACACACACACACAUACACACACACACACACACACACACAGGUUUUUUGCUUUUAUGGCCUACCUUUUUAAUAUGAUGCCUAUUGUUCGUGUUUGAUCAGUAAUUUAUCAACAUCUCGGUCUUUACAAUUAUUAGACUACUAGCCCUGUUAACGCUUAAGUAUAUGUACUUAAAUGCUUAAGUAACACUUGUAAACAGAACUGGUAAAUAAGGCACCAUCGACCUCUAAGAGUGUUCACUAGAAGGUAAUAGGUCGUGUAUAAAAUUUUUUACAGCUGGUGUUUAUGGUGGCUAAACACCAGACGUUUUAUUUUAUUUUUAGAAAAAAAAAGAUUUUUGUUAUGUUUAUUUCCAUGGAUUGGACCGAUCUUUGGUGCACAAGCUCCAAGGACACCUACAUCAGCGAGGUGUUCCUCAAAUCCGAUAUUUCAGCAGUCUUUAAAUUGGAAAUCAAUUCAACUUUUCCAACCAACUGCUAGAAAGAUUUGACUUCAUGCCCUUUAAUCUGGAUGGAAAGUGUGUUUUUUUUUGUGCCCUUUUGUUUACAUCUUCAGUUGAUUUCUUUGCACGUGUAGAUACUGUAAAUGGACCACACACACACACACAAAAGAUCAGAAGAAAAGAUCUUGAAGUCCAGUCUAUAAACAGUGGUGUUUCUUUUCUUUUCUUUUGUAAUGAAUGAUGACAAGCAGUACUUAAUAUGUAAAUCUGUCAAGUUUAGGACGUAGGAGUUUUGAUUUCUUUUUGGUUGUUGUGAAAUAUGUACGAUGAUCGGAUAUAGCCUCUGGAUGUGCUUAUGACGUGCUUUAAAAAUGUGAGCAUUGUUAAAUUCCACUUUUCUUUGGUUUCCUACCAUUAUAAAGAAACAAAUCUUAUACAGGGAACACAGGGGUCACUUAUGAAAUACCAAUCAGCUACCUCUAUAGCAUUUAAAGCAGGGGUGUCAAACUUAUUUUAGGUCACAGGGCUGUUCUGUUUAGUCAAAUGGGCUAUACCAAAAAAAAAGAAAGAAAAUCAAUAUUCAAAAUUACAGAUCCAUUUUUUUUUCUAUAUUUGGUUGUAGUGUCAUGUUUUAGCUUGGUAUUGACAAGGUAAAACAUUUUGUCAGCGGGUUUAUCGCUCUGUUUUUAAGUAAAAUCACAGAGCCUUUAUUUAUUUUGAUCCCAGGCCGUGGGCCACAUGUUUGACACCUCUGAUCUAAAGGCUUGUGUCACUACCAGGGUUAAGUCUAAUACUGGAUUACAACCAUUUGGUGGAUAAAAUGCAUUCAUUCGAUAAAGCUGCCUUUCUCAACCAAUUUUAGGUGCUAACAGUGUGAGACACUGGCCCAGUAUGUCCUCCAUAUUAUGCCAAAAGCACUGGAAUAUCAGGAAAAGCACCUUCAACUCUGUGUUCGAGGCAGCUCAAGCUCUCUUAAUCUGUGUUCAUAUUUGUACAUGAAUGUCCUUGACCACGUUAGAGAUGUGAGUAAACGGACAGAACAUGAAAAGGGUGUAAAGUUAAAGCAGGCCACAAUGUAAGCACUUUGGUCGUUUCCCUGUUUGGGUGGAAACCUGCAUGAAUUAGUGGGCUGUUUGAUAUAAAGUUGAAGUAAUUCGUAUAUACAGUAAAGAAUGAUACAGGAAUUAUUUCCAGUUGAUGUACAGGAGAAAGUCACUUCCUUCACUGUGCCCUGCUCACACAAUCACACCUAACAUAUCUCGUCUGAUUGUUUGCUUGACGUCAAACAUCGAAGAAACGUGUCGAUAAACUGGUGUACUUUGUGGAUUGUUUGUAAACUAACCGUUUUUUGUUUGUUGUACAGUAUUUUUAUGAGAUUUGAGAUUUACAAGAGGCUGUAAAUGUGUAAUUUAUUGUUGGGCUUUAUAAAUAAAAACAAAUGGACUUGA